AUGAAAGAGCACAAAAAGAAAAGCAAGUUCAUCAAACCACGAGAUGAUUCUUCGACACAAACAAAAGCGGUGGAACUAAAUCCUUAUUGGAAUGACGGAGGUUCGGGUAUACCGGAAGGUGAAAAUGCAUCCCAAGGUCUUACUGCGAAAUCAACUUUAACGGAUGAAAAUGAAGCAUGGCUUUAUAAAUCUUACAAGCGUUGUCUGGAACAGGCUAAGGAACAAAAGGUUCCCGUGCGACAACUACUAUUAGAACGUUGGAAUGAAGCAACCGUGGCUGAUAUGCUGUUCCAGACAAGGGAAAUCAAUCGGAUGAUUGCUGAGGCUCCGGAAAAACCCUCAGAAGAGAACCAGGUUUCGCAAACCGUGGAACGAGAGGUCACAGAUGCCGAUAUCAACGAGAUGGCUGCAAAAGUCCUCCGAGCAGAACUAUCCUCAAACACGUAUCGGUACAAUCCGUAUGUGUUUAUGGGUGCACGAAUGGUUGUCAACUUUAUCUACUGUGGUUGCUUUUUUCACGGUUAUUUAAACUCGAACCCUUGUAGAGAUCGAUAA